CUUACAAUUCACGCCAUUUUUCUCAGUGUUUGUUGUCAUUUGAAUCCCCAAUAGAUUCAGCGUUUGUGUCAAUACAUAUGCAUCGAUAGUGGUAGAGAUCCCGUACCUCCCGCGCGAGCCUUCAGCGUAUAUAUCAUCGCCGCACCUCUUGUGUCCACCGCGUAAUCGCAUGAGUCGUACAGACAGACGGUGUCUCUCAUACCGUACCAUCGCUUGACAGAGACAACUGAGUGGUGCGCGAAGAAGUGGUUUAUCUCCUCCAGGAGUGGUUGAUCGCCAGCAGCAGCGAUGCCGUCGUCCAUACACUCGUAUGGCGCCAGGAGUACGACAUCCAUAGCCACCACUAGAUCCAGGACUUUAGCUGGAAGUCGUAAAGUGAAGCUCAAGUGGUGGGAGCGGAGGCCCGUCAUCCGGAACGCCCUCUUCACGGACUUACAGAAAGGCAGUUAUUUAGCGGCCAUUUAUACCCUGAUCGAGAGCCUAUUCCAGAUAAGCUUGGCAAUAUUUGACACAUACUGUUUGGCGGAGGCAUCACCCGGUUCCACGCAUUUCCGAAGUUUUGGCAUUAGUUUCCUAUUCGUCUACAGUGGAAACCAGCACAUCCGACGGACACUGAUAGCCAUUGCGGUGAUACUGUUCUGUGCGGCCGUCUAUUUGCUGGUGUCGUCGCUGAUACUGAUGACGGCUUUACGCAAAGAACACGAGCAGAGGUUUGUCCACUGGUUGCGAGCCAUGGCUUUCUUCAUAGUCUGGAGGACUCUCACCAUUAUCUUCCAGUCCCUCGUAAACGACCUGUACUUCGGCUACCACCAGGCGAUGCUCAUCAUAUGGUUCUUGCUCACCGGCGUCAACGCGUUUGCCUGGCUCAUCGUGUACUCCAACUACCAGGAGCUGUCGGACAUCACCCGCUUGGAGGACAUGGCGAAGCUGAAGAUGUCGACCCUAUCGUCGCUGAACGCGUCCCGAUCUCUGUCCCGGCACAGCCUCGACUCGACCGGUCAGUACAAGAUAGGCGCCGGCGGGUCGGUGAGCUCCCAGCCCUCGCCCCAGAUCUACCCGCACCACAUGCACCACCACAUGGGUGGUCAGCCGCGCAGCUCAACCUCGUCGACGGCCAGCUAUAGUAUACAGCCGUCGCCACGAACUAGUGGUCACAACACGAUUCCGAUGGCCUGUUAUAACCCCAACGGACAGCCGUCGCCCGCGCAGAGAUCGCACACGACAUCCCGGAGCACACCAUCGACGGCGCCGGUGUAACAGCAGGGGGUGGGCUGUCGUAUAACUUAAGUGUUUUGUUAUAAGAUUAUUGAAUAUUUUUUUUAAUUAAUUGAUUCGAGAAAUAGUUAUUAAUUAUAUUACAAAUUGAAAGUUAUGUUUAUGAACGCAAAAUGAGUUGAGACACUCGUAAAACUUAUAUAACUUAUUGAAUAUGAUAUAUACAUUCACACCACAUAGACAUACCGACACAUACCUGUCCGUCCAGUCAAGUGCUUUAAACGGCAAAUCCAUCUGAUAGUUGAUAAUUCAUCCGAAAAAUGCAUUUUUUUAAUGAAACGAUUCAUUUGUUUAUUUGGUUACGAAAUCACACAAAAUGCGGUCAACUUUUACACAAAAACCGCCGAU